AUGAGUGAUUACGCUCCCUUAGUAGAUAUCACUGUUUCCAGAAAUGACAUAGAUCAAUGCAAAUAUUCUAAUUGGUAUGAAUUAUUUAAAUCAUUAACCCCACAAUCAAAAAUUAUAAAACCUUUGCCACCUGCAUUCAUUCAAUACUUGAAACAAGACGGUAUUAAACUAGCUGAAGAACACGGUUCAUAUUAUAAUGAAGACCUAUCUAAGAACGAAGAAAAUGAAUAUAGUGAUUGGGAAAAUGAGGAAAGUGACAGCGACAGCGAAGCAGAUAAUAACAGCAACAAAAAAUCAAAAAUUGAGAAGAAACAAGUAGAUCCAAUCGUGGAUUUUCCAGAUUUACAUAACCAGAUCAAAGAAAUAAUAGCAAAUUAUGGAUCAGUAACACCAAAAUUGAAUUGGUCUUCUCCUAGAGAUGCUACUUGGAUUUUGGCCAACAAUACUACAAAGUGUAGCGAAAUAAAUGAUCUUUAUCUAUUAUUAAAUGCAUCGAAUUAUAUAACACAUGAUUUGGAACAUGCUUAUGAUAACUGUAUAGAUGUAGAUGAAACGAACAGAAAUAAAGAUAUUGAGUUUGAGUUGGUCCUAAGACAAUGGUUCAAUAUAAAUCCAGCAUUAGAAUUCCGUGUUUUUGUCAAGAAUGGUGAAAUUAUAGGUGUAUCUCAGCGUGAUUUGAACUACUAUGAUUACCUAGAGACUCUCUCAGACACAUUCAAAGAUGCAAUUGAUGAGUUCGUAGAGGAUAAAAUUUUACCUAAAUUUACUUUAAAAUCGUUUGUUUUAGAUGUUUAUAUACCCAGACCUUUUGAUAAAGUAUUUUUAAUCGACAUUAAUCCUUUUGCAAGAAAGACAGAUCCUCUGAUGUUUUCUUGGAGCGAAUUAGAAACACUGCACAAGCUUUCUUCCCAAAAAGAUGAUUAUGAAUUAAGGUUAUUGACGGAAACUAAUGUAGGUAGAUUCGCACAUAAAGAACAUUCGGAAAACCAAGUCCCAAUAGAUAUCGUUGAAGCCAGUUUGAAUCCGGAUGCAAUUAAAGAAUUAGCAGACAAAUGGUCAGAAUUGUUAAAGAAACAAGAUGACUACGAUUCUGACUCUCAUGAUAAUUAA